GCGGUGCAGCCUGCCAGAGUUCGACUCGGCUGGAGUUCGAAAAAAUGAGCGCAAGGGAAGAGUGAACAUCACGUUCAUCUCGUCAGGUAUCUGGAAGUUGCCCUUUGGCCGUUACAAACUCUGUUGUUUUUUUCUUCCCCUUCCCCCUGCGUGGCGGGAUUCUUUCCCGGGCAUACGGUACAGGGGCACGGGGCAGAGUCCCGAAUGGAGCCAUCUCGACCUUCUAGCCCUUGUCUCGAGAUGCCGGCGAUGGCGUCCGUCUCGGUGGAACCCCCGCCCCCCACAUGUCCGGCUCCCCAUGAUCCAGCCGCCCAGAGCGGCACAUUCAUCCAUGGACUCAUCGGCCUCUCUCCGGCCGGCCUCUCCGAGGCGGUCCGCAGUUCGAUCUCCUCCCUGGCCAGGAGGGACCCAAAUGUCACGCCCGCCGUGAAGCCGGACGCCAGCGGCGGCCCCAGCAGCAGCAGUACCACCACCACCACCAACAAUAACAACAACAACACCACCUGCAGCCCGCCAGAGCCACCACCGGCCCCGCCUCCGCAACCGCGUCACCUGCUCGCGCUCCCGCCCGAGAUCCUACUCAUGGUCCUGCAGCGCCUCGACUUCGCCGACAUCUUCCGCUUGCGCAAGACCUGCAAGCAGCUGCAUCAUCUGGCCAGCCCCUCCCAGAUCCGCACCCUCUUCGGCCCGGCCGAGCUGCGCAGGCAGCUCCUCGGCCACUGCAAGAGCUGCCUGGUCUACGACCCCUCCGGCGCCACCCUGCUCCAGCCGCGCCGUGCCGACCCGGGAUACCCGCUGGCCAGCCGCUGUCUCGACUGCGCCGUCAAGGCCCGCGACCCCCGCGUCCGCGUCGGCAGGAAGAUCUGCCUGGCCAGCUACGACACCGUCUGGGUCUGCCGCUGGUGCGGCUACCCCAUCGUCAACGGUGCCGCCUUCGGAUGCGAGCAGAUGCAUCGCUUCUGCCACAAGCGGUACAACGACGCCCUGUUCAUCUUCUUCAUCCUCGGCUGGCUCCAGCUCGGCCUGGGCAUCGUCGCCGCCGCCCUCGCCUGGAGGUAUUACCGGCAUUCUGUGCUGGUGUUUGCGCCCACCGUGAUCAACUUCAUCCUCCUGUGGAUCUGCCUCGCCUUCAUCAUCCUCAGGGGCAACAGGCGAAGGACGUACCAUUGGACACUGGCCCUCGAAUUGACCAUCCUGAGCCUUUGGAUUCCGCCGAUCUACUACGUUGCCGCCGAGGUCGCCAGGGCUUCACCAUCCGGUAGUCCUGCUCCAAAGUCUACCCAAGCCACUUUGGCUCUAUUCGCCCUCAACAUGCUGUUCAGGCUCAUCAACUGCAUGGGGAACAUCGUCCUGCUUUCGCGGUUCGAUACCACUGAAAGAGGUCGGUCUGAGAGCUCGUCUUGGAGACGGCCGUUCCAUUACUUGGCAACCGCACUUGUAAUGUGGACCUAUCCCCAAUCCCUGGAGCAGAAAUACCCGCCCGAUUAUCUUUGAUUCAGGCAUGUGAAGCAUCGAGGUGUCAGAGCUUUCGCUGGGGCAGUUUCAACUGUUUGCCUGCUGGAGGGACGGUAGACAUACACAUUAGACAAGACGCUGCGUGGAGCGUCUCAAAUGGCAAUAUAAACCCCAACCACUCGUACUGCCGACAUG